AUGUCCCAAUUGGAGAUCCUCAAAGAGUAUUUCCACAGAUUAGAGAUGGACAAUCGUGAUUCGGCGUACAAAGUCUGCUCCUACUUCAACUUUAUCGUUGGUUCGGGUGGUGGCGGCGUGAUUGCGAUACUGCUUGGAGUUCUUGGUAUGGAACUCGAUCAGGCUUCCCGUGCGUUUGGUCAGAUAUGCCGAGCGACGCUACUGGGAGAGGCCCGUACUCUCGCCCCAGAAGAGCGAACUCGGCGACUGGAGCAGGUUUUCAAAGAUAUAUUAGCGGAGCUUCAAGUACCAGAGGAUAGAAGACUCAACAGUGACGUCGACUUGGCAGAUGGUUGCAAAGUAGCAAUAGCGUAUCAAUCAGCAGCGCAACUUGGACAAUGCAAACUCUUCCGCAACUAUGACAGCCGUCAUCGCUCACACAAUCCGACUAUUCUUCAAGCCAUGCUAGCUGCUUGGGCUACUCCAGGCCUCUUCUCCUCGACAAAGGUUACUACCGAUAUUGCGUACGAAGAGGUAGUCAGCGCCGCGAGUGGGUACAGCAAUCCAAUCUUUCAAGCCAUUCGCGAGGCGUACGAAGGCUAUGGCCCUACCCAGCUCGUCUCUUGCAUUCUCAGUCUGGGUUCCGGAAGUCAUGUUCUACGGAUUCCCGAAAAGGGGUACAAGGCCAUGGUGGCGCGCUAUGCGCGAGAUGCGGCUCUGACGGCGGAUGACGCCCAGCGACGGCUGGGUGGUAGUGGCAAAUAUUUUCGACUGUCUGUCACACCGGCGAUUGAGGAUGACUUGAUCACUGAGGAUAACCCCUUGGGGGUGAUUGCGUCCGGCACGUCGUCCUAUCUCUCGUUGAGUCACCAAGACCAACUGGUUGAUACAUGCCUAAAUAUGGCAACCAUGAAAGGCGGUGUAGAUCUUGAAGCACUCGCACAAGUGCGAACGGAAAUGACCGCUUCGACGCAUGGUCUCCCACCACUUUCUCCGUUCUUUGUGAGGCGCCAGGAGCCAACAGUUCGCAUCUUUGAAGGGGUAGUUCGUGGUCGUACACUCGGCCAAACCGUUAUGGUCAUCUCGGGGCUAGGUGGAAGCGGAAAGACGCAGCUUUGCAUCCAGUUUGCGCUACAAUACGGUGACCUGUUUCAGCACGUCCUAUUUAUUGAUGCAUCUUCUGCAAAGAGUAUCGAGGAUGGACUUUUGGCCCGGGUAGGAUCGGUCAUACCAUCUUUCCGUGGCAUCGACUUUCGCGAUGCCAUGGACAUGCUUGAGAAUCCAAAUAGCAAACUCACCGCCCGCUGGCUCAUCAUUUUCGAUAAUGCCGACGACGACAGCGUGAGCAUUCAAGACUACAUGCCGAAUUGCCGGCAUGGCUCGAUCAUCAUCACAACCCGGAAUCCAUCAUUAGGGAGCCUUGCUCCUGAAACUCAUCUCGUUCUCGAUGUCAUGUCGGGAGAGGAGGCCACAAAUGCCCUCCUUUCAUCCGCAUUGGCAGCCACCGAGGAGAGGACACCCAGACACAAAGAGAUGGCGAGUAAGAUUGUCGAGCAGCUGGGCAAUCUCCCAGUUGCUGUCGUUCAAGCUGGAUGCUACAUCAAGAAGCAGCGCUGCUUCUGGGAUUACCUUACACGUCUCAAUGCGAACCGCACCAAACUUUUACGUCAUAUCACAAUCCAACGAGACAAACUCAAAUAUAAUCAUGGGGCAUAUAACGCAUUCGAUACCACGCUUCGCGUGCUUUCGCUACGAGCGCUCAAUCUCCUCAGCAUUCUCUCCUGCAUGCAUUUCACCAACAUCCCUCGCGAAUUAUUCAUUCUCGCUGCGACGUACCGUUUCGAAUACCAGCCCUUUGAUCUCGCGCCACGGUCUGAUGAAUUCCAUCAGUCCGUGUCGCUCCUGCAAGAGACGCUAUCUCCGAGUCAAGACCCGAGAUUGUACGAGAGUGAUCUGGAGGAGGUAUUGGAUGAACUGUAUCAGUACUCACUGGUCAGCUUUGUUCCGGUGCACUCUUGGAUUACCAUUCGCCUGCAUCCAUUACUUCAUUCGUGGGCCGGCGAUCGACUGACGGCCCAAGAACGUGGGAUGUUUCGCGCAGUUACCGCCAGGCUGCUCGCCUCUUGCACAAAUGACGUCGAUUCGCAUAUUCGAACCCAUAUAUCGCCGCAUGUCACGGCUCUCAUGCCAUUUAUGGCAGAUCUUCAUAUCAAUGAACGUGCUGCACUCUGCCGAUCAAUCAGAGAGGACGGGAAAUACACUCUGCUGGUCUCGACGUGGGAGGCCAUUCACGCCGAGGUUGAAAAGGCCUACGGCGACAAAGACAUGCGAACCAGCACAGCAGCGCUAGAGUUGGCUGAUGCAUAUGGGCAAAACGGGGAUACUCCAAAGAUGGAGGAGAUGGAGCGUGCACUGGUGGCCAGCCGCUCUGCCAUGCAUGGUUCCGAAAGCCUAGAAGCCAUGGGCGCACUCCUCAACCUCGCGCGUACUCUCGCAUACUACAAGAGCGAGUAUAAAGAGGGAGAAGAAGCGGCAAGAAAGACCCUUGAAGUUCGCAGGAGGAUCCUGGGGCGGAACCACCUCGACAUCUACGAGUCUCUAUACACCCUCGGUUCAAUUCAGCGUCUGAACAAGCAAUAUUCAGAAGCAGUGGCGACAUUUCUUGAAGCUGUCGCCAUGUCUACAACUCUCCUUGGGCGAGACCAUCGCCAAACCUUCAAUGCAUUGCGCAUGCUUGCCGCUUGCUAUGAAGGGCAAAAGAAUCCCGACGCACGAACAAUUAUGCAAGACCUGUAUGACACAAGAGAGAAGGUACUUGGUCCAAAGCACCCUGAGACGCUCACAAGUCUUCAUCAACUUGGAGAAUCGUGCUACAAUAUCGGCGACACCGCACAAGCCGAGGAAUUUUUUAGACGAGAGCUCAGAAUUAGACGAGAAAGCGACGGGCCUCAAAGCACCACAACCAUCACUGCCAUCCACUGGCUUGGAUGUGCUCUCUAUCAGCAAGAAAACUAUUCAGAAGCCGAGGAAUUCUUCAGAGAAGAAGCUAUUGCACGCUCUGCCCGCGGCCUCGACUCGAUGAAUGCAAAGUUUUGGCUCGCCGCCACGAUUUUCUUGCAACGACAAGAAUCAAAGGAAGCCGAGCAGCUUUUCAGGGAGUAUACAAACCACUUCAAGGAAGCUCAUCCCGAGCCACACGCCAACGUUAGCGAUGGCCUAUAUUGGACUGGCCGCUCCAUGCUUGCUCAGGCAGAAUACGCAGAGGCCGUAAGCUUAUUCGAGGAAAGCAUUUCCAUGUGGUCCCAGCUGGGAUCUGAGAAUAAUGCAAAUGCGGUUCAUGCCAAGCAGCUUCUCAAGAAAGCGCAACAAAGACUCAAGCAAUCCCAAGAAGUGUCAUCAGCGUGA